CUCAGAUACACAUGGCAGAGGCCGGUGAUAAUAUUAAGGGGAGUUUUCAAUCAUUUUCAGUCGCUGAGUGGAUUUCAAUUUAAGAUCGAAAAAUAGCAUUCCAAGUUAAAAUGGAAGUCGAAAGUGUUUUAGUUACUGGUGCCAAUCGAGGAAUCGGACUGGAGUUUGUAAGACAGCUGGUAAAAUUACCUAGGCCUCCUAAAUAUAUUUUUGCUACUUACAGAGACAGAAAUACGAUAGAGGCUCUGAAACAACUGAGAGAUGAGUCCAAAGACACAAUUAUUCUGCUGAUCAAGAUGGAUGCUAGAAAUGCAGACCAGAUCGAAAGUGCCCGACUAGUCAUAGAAGAUAUGGUUGGCGAUAAGGGCUUAAACCUCCUUAUCAACAAUGCUGGAGUUUUAAAGCGAGAAGCCUUUCCAGAGAUUACAGAAGAGAACAUGCUGCUUCACUUCACCACGAACACUGUAGCCCCAGUCAUGGUUUUCAAAGCAAUGUUCCCACUUCUGCAGAAAGCUGCGACUCAAGCACCGACCGGUGUGAAUGUUUCAAAAGCAGCAGUGCUCAAUAUUUCUUCCGCAGGUGGUUCAAUCGAAUCUCAGUCCAGCGAAUUCCACAAACAACGUUUGGAUAGUAUAAGUUACAAGACCAGUAAGGCAGCCUUGAACAUGGCGAUGAAAGUGAUUUCUCUGACAAUCAAGGAACAAGAUAUCCUGGUGGUGAACAUGUGUCCUGGCUGGGUGAAGACGGACAUGGGAAGUGAGGCUGCGGAUUUAGAAAUAUCCGAAAGCGUUUCUGCCAUGAUGAGCACUCUUUCGCGACUCAAUGAACGACAUCAUGGAACUUUCAUGGAUAGAAACGGAGAAACGAUCCCGUACUAAGUAAUUUGGUACAGAUGGAUUGUAUUGAUUGUUAUUAUUGUUCUUUUUCGUGAAAUUUGAAUGACUCGAUAAGUUUAUAAAAUAUGAUUUGUGUUAUUACUGUUCAAUAAAUUUCAGUAUGGUUCUUGAA